GAACCUAAAUCUCAGGAUCAGGCUUGAUGUGUUUCUCUUGAGAUGGAUGCAGAAGGUCCCUAUCCCCUCAUUUGCACUGGUGUAAUGGGGUUACAGAAUAAAAACACAAAGAGGGAUGGAUGAAUUGAUGGAGCAGGAGCAGGAUGCUGGUUCUGCCUCCAGCCAAUGCUGUGUGGUGCUGCUGCGGUGUUUACCCAGCUUACGCAAGGCAGAGCCGGCCCCUCUUGAGGCAGGAGGCGCUUCCCACGGCUGAAGUAAAAGCACACAGAGCAGUCACUCAGUCUGGCAGUUGCUGGGGCUUUAAAGGAGUUGGUGGAUUUCGGCUGAUUUUUAACAAGAUCGGAGGAUUGGGUUUUUUCUUCUCCACUGUGUAGGAAUACUGAGAGGACACAAAUAUCCUGGAAAUAAUGAAAAAAGUGUGCCACAACUCUUGAUCAGAGACCUGAAGUUUGAGAAGUCAUUAGCUAAGCUCAUGUUUUCUCCUGAUCAAGAAAAUCAUCCAUCAAAAGCACCAGUCAAAUAUGGUGAAUUGAUUGUAUUGGGGUACAAUGGGUCUCUCCCAAAUGGAGAUAGAGGGAGAAGGAAAAGUAGAUUUGCUUUAUUUAAAAGGCCCAAGGCAAAUGGGGUGAAACCCAGCACUGUGCACAUUGCCUGUACCCCUCAAGCAGCAAAGGCAAUAAGUAAUAAGGACCAACACAGCAUAUCUUACACUUUGUCUCGGGCCCAGACAGUAGUAGUUGAAUAUACUCAUGACAGCAACACAGAUAUGUUCCAGAUUGGUCGGUCAACAGAGAGUCCUAUAGACUUUGUAGUAACAGAUACAGUUCCUGGGAGUCAGAGUAAUUCGGAUACACAGUCUGUGCAGAGCACAAUAUCAAGGUUUGCCUGCAGGAUCAUAUGUGAACGUAACCCUCCCUUUACAGCAAGAAUAUAUGCUGCAGGAUUUGACUCCUCAAAAAACAUUUUUCUUGGGGAGAAGGCUGCAAAGUGGAAGACAUCAGAUGGACAAAUGGAUGGACUAACAACAAAUGGAGUUCUUGUUAUGCAUCCUCGUAAUGGAUUCACAGAAGACUCCAAGCCAGGGGUGUGGAGAGAGAUUUCUGUGUGUGGGAAUGUGUUCAGCCUCCGUGAAACCAGAUCAGCUCAACAGAGGGGAAAAAUGGUUGAGAACGAGACGAACCAGCUGCAGGACGGCUCCCUGAUCGACCUGUGCGGGGCGACGCUGCUGUGGCGCACGGCCGAGGGGCUCGCGCGCACGCCGACCGUCAAGCACCUGGAGGCUCUGAGGCAGGAGAUCAACGCAGCGAGGCCCCAGUGCCCCGUGGGCUUCAACACCCUGGCCUUCCCCAGCAUGAAGAGAAAAGAUGUUGUAGACGAAAAGCAGCCGUGGGUGUACCUGAACUGCGGCCACGUGCACGGCUACCACAACUGGGGGAACAAAGAGGAGAGGGACGGCAAGGACCGCGAGUGCCCCAUGUGCCGCUCCGUCGGCCCCUACGUGCCUCUGUGGCUCGGGUGUGAAGCGGGAUUUUAUGUGGAUGCCGGACCUCCAACUCAUGCAUUCAGCCCGUGUGGACACGUGUGCUCAGAAAAGACAACUGCAUAUUGGUCCCAAAUUCCUCUUCCUCACGGUACUCACACUUUUCACGCAGCCUGUCCCUUCUGUGCGCAUCAGCUGGCUGGUGAGCAGGGUUACAUCAGGCUCAUUUUCCAAGGGCCUCUCGACUAACACAGGUGUUCCCAAGGACUGCAGUAAACUGAUAAGCUAAGCGAUUCUCAUUUUUAAACCAACUGUUUUUUCGUAUUCUCUGGGCUUUGCUGGUUUGCAUUAAGAUGAAGAAUUUUUUGGUUUUUUUGUUACAACAGCUAAAUCCCUCUUUAUUGAGAAAAGUCUGAAAAUAGAAGAAAUGGGGGGAGAAGGGGGAGACCUCCUGCUUUUUUUGGUUAAUAACUACUUCUGAAGAGGUGGAGGAAGUGUUGUAGAGUGAACUCCAAUGCCUUCAGUUUAAUGGUUUUUCAAUCACAUGCCCACAGUGUUUGAAAGGUGUUUCAUUUUUUUUGUAUAUGGAGGGUAAAUAGUUCAAAGAACAUUAGUUUACAGCUUGGAUGCAAACAUUGUAAAAUAUAACAUGUAUAUUAACUCUUUUCUAUUUAUCUUUAUUAUUGAAAAUAUUUAGAAUGUUUAGAGAGUAGCAUGGUCAUAGUGUGUUACAUCCAGCAAUUGGAUGUGUAGAGUAGUUCUGGAUGGAGAAGAUCGUGGGAUGAAAAUGGUAGAAAAAUCUUUUAAUCUAAAAUACUGAGUUCUUAGAAUAGUUAAAAUGCUUUUUAAACAAAGCUAAUGCAAAUUAUGGUGGCAUAAAGUUGUGCAUUAACCGUGUUGAAAGGUAGCUAAGAAGGAUUUCUUAAAUUGUCUUUUUGGUAGGACUGUACUUAAGAUCUGGUUAUGAGGAGAAUAUUUACCAGACUCUUCGAAUAUGCAACUUAGUCUAGAUUAAGGAUUUUUUUCUCCCUUCACGCUAACACUUCUCUUUAUUUAGCAUUAGUGACAUUUGUGAGGGUUUUUCCAAUGUUAAACAUGAACAGACCAGAAAGAUGAGGCUUGUUCUGUUAAACAUGAACAGACCAGAAAGACGAGGCUUGUUCUGUUCUUUACUGUUUGGGGGUGGGGAGCAGGGACAGGGGGAGAGGUGGAUGCACCCGGGCACGUGUGUGGGGAGCAGUUUGUCACUUGGCCACAGUCCCAGCCUGAGAGGGGUUUGUCAGCUGGAUGCUCAGCCUUCCACCUGCUGACUGCUGGGGGGGCCUCAGGCCUGGCCUUUGCCCCUCUGCCAGGUGCAGGUGCUCAUCUGGGCCACACGUGGAACAGAGGUGGAGCCCGGCAGCCAGGGGAUGUGUCCCUGCAUCCUCGGGCAGCUGGGAACAGCUGGCAGUCUGUUGGGAGAGCUGGGGCUGGGCUGGGCUCAGGCCCUCAGUGUGAGGUGCUGCUGUGGGCUCUGCUUACUCUGGUCUCUGUCUGCUCUCCUCUUCCUCCCCCUCCUUCCCCUCUGUAUCCACCAGAAAACACCGGUGUACAACAUGCAGCUCUGCUGCCAGCCCACUGUGCUUCAUGGCAACCUGACCUUUUUAGCAUUGAUUUGAGCUUUUUUGGCCAGCUUCAUAUUUUUUUUAAAUAUGUACUGUAUAAUUGACAGUAAGAAAAUUUCUGUACUUUAUAGCAAAGCUUUAGCUUUCAUUUUUCUUUUGAAGCUGUUCUAAAAUUUUCUUUGUUUAAAGAGACCUGUGUUGCUUAGAUGUCAUGCAUUACUUACUUUGACUGUCAAUUAUUUCUCCAUUUUUAAAAAAGAAAUUAUAUAUAUUGUUUGGUUCACUCAGGAAAUGCAUGUGUCAGGAAACCUGUACUAUAAGUUCAGUUAGCUGUCAUGUACAAGUAACUGCUGUUACUCCCUUUCCAUAGAAAUAUAACUGAUUUUGACAUUUUCCAGAUUAUAUGCAUUAAGUAAUGAAACUUAUGCAGCAAGAAAUCCCUGUAUUGUAGUUGUUCUAAUCAUCUUAUUCAAACUAUAGUAUACUGUAGUUUUAAUUUUUAUUUGCAAAUUAAUUUAUUUAAACUACGUGAGUAAACACUUUUCAAAAACAGAAAUUCUGGGAUUGUGGCUUUGUUUCCAAGAGAUGGGAAAGGACUGGGCAUGGCCCUUCUGUUCUGGGACACCUCAGGUGUCCCUCUAUUCUGCACAUAUGGAUUAAGAGCAGAGAAGCAGCAGCUGUAAAGACUUUGGACGUUUUCCCUGGUAAUGGCUUGGAAUGGCUCCUUUCAGAUGUGUCCUCUCAAUGUGUUUUAUAUUUAACUCUGUGUUAAAGGUGAGAUUGCUGUUUAAAUGACACAGUUAAAUGAGUAAGUUACAAACACUGAAAUGUAAGCAAAAACUGAACUAAAUUUUAGAAUUACAA